AUGUACACGGCCUUGAAGUUUGGUUGGAGGGUACCCCACAACACCCAGUCAUUGGCCGUGAGAGAAGUCUGCCAAGCCAUCAUUGAGGAGUACCUUGACGAGGCGAUGACCUGCCCCACAACCCCUGAAGGCUGGUAUGAGAUCUCAGACCAGUUCAUGGAGAAGUGGAACUUCCAACAUACCUGUGGUUCCCUUGAUAGCAAUCAUGUUGCCUGCAAGGCUCCUCAAAAGAGUGGUUCCGUAUACUACAAUAACAAGGAAUUCUACUCCAUCGUGCUCAUGGCAAUGGUAGAUGCGGACUACAAAUUCCUCUGGGCAGAUGUGGUUAGUCCCGGAGCCUCGUCUGACGCCCAGAUCUACAACGAGUCUGAACUCAAACAAAUGGCUGAAGAUGGAACCAUUGGCUUCCCUACUCCAGAUCCUCUUCCUAAUGCCUACAAGGAUGUGCCAUACUUCUUCGUCGGUGAAGAUGCAUUUGGCCUACGGAAACAGACGAUAAAGACAUACACCUUGUGUUGUCUUCAAUUACAGACUGUCCCGAGCCAGGAGGGUUGUUGA